AAGAACCGCGCCAAGCCGCACAGGUGCAACGACAGGGUGGAGGACGUGAUCCAGGCGAUGUUCGAGGGCAACCCGUUCCUGACGGUGCCCCCGACGGUGACGCUGCUGAGACGGUGCCUGAACUCGGAAAUCGGCCAGGAGCCCGAGGAGCCGUACCUGUUCCUCGAUCUACCGCCGCCCGUGCGG